ACCUUCCCCUUUCCCAGCUCAUUCCCCUCCCUCCGCAACUCGUCUCUCUCACUGUCGACCGCGUUACUCCUCCCACUGCCAGCUUGAUAGCUUCCUACGGUUCUCCCACCACCUCAACCUCGAAGCGUCUCGUCGUCUCCUCCUCCACACUUACGCGCUAAGCAACUGCUUAAUCCUAGCUCCAGCUCCAUCUCUAACCUCGGAGCCGGAGCCGGAGCGCGGGGGACUCGCUCCUAGCAAGGAGCGCCAUGUCGUCGCCGACGGCCGCGCCGGCGCCGACCACGCCCACGGCCCCGCCGGCCACCCCGUCUGCGCCGCCCCCAGCCACCCCGUCCGCGCCGCCCCCGGCCACCCCGUCCGCGCCGCCCCCGGCCACCCCGGCGGCUCCCUCCCCACCCGCGCCCGCGGCCCCACCGCCCUCCUCCUCCGUACCGCCGCCGGCGGUCCCCUCCGCUCCCCCUCCCGCGCCGUCAACCACCCCGGCGACUCCCUCGGCGCCGGCGCCCUCCUCCCCCUCCUCCCCGGGGACGCCCACCACCCCGUCCCCGCCCUCGGAUACGCCGUCGCCCCCGUCGUCCGGAGGAGGGAGGUCCCCAUCCACACCGUCGUCCGGUGGCAGGUCGCCGACGGGCAACUCACCCCCGAAGUCGCCGUCCUCGCCUUCGUCGGCAGGCGGCGGGUCCGGGGUGUCCACGUCGUUGGUCGUGGGCGUGGCUGUGGGCGGGCUCGUGCUGCUGCUUCUUGCCAGCUUCAUAUGCCUCUGCUGCCUCCGGAAGAAGCGGCGCCGCGCGCCGCCACCGCCGCACUACGGCUACCCGCCUCCUCCUCCCCAGUACAAGGAGGAUCCAUAUGGCGGAACAUACCAGAGUUGGCAGCAAAAUGCACCUCCUCCUCCUCCUGAGCAUGUGGUCAAGAUGCAUCCCUCACCUCCCCCAGCAUAUGCCAAUCGUCCUCCGCAGCCAACGCCGCCUCCUCCACCCGCUAUGAUAAGCAGUAGUGGUGGGUCUGGUUCCAAUUACUCAGGUGGUGAGAUCCUACCUCCACCAUCCCCUGGCCUUGCCCUUGGUUUCUCGAAGAGCACAUUCACGUAUGAAGAGUUGUUGAGGGCAACUGAUGGAUUCUCUGAUGCUAAUCUCCUUGGACAAGGUGGUUUUGGGUACGUUCACAGAGGAUUGCUGCCUAAUGGCAAAGAGAUCGCUGUAAAGCAAUUGAAACUUGGAAGUGGCCAGGGAGAGCGUGAGUUCCAGGCUGAGGUUGAGAUUAUCAGCCGAGUACAUCACAAACAUCUCGUGUCUUUGGUUGGUUAUUGCAUUUCUGGAGGGAAGAGGUUGCUUGUCUAUGAGUUUGUCCCCAACAACACAUUGGAAUUCCACUUACAUGGGAAAGAUCGACCAACAAUGGAGUGGUCCACAAGAUUAAAGAUUGCUUUGGGUGCUGCAAAGGGUUUGGCGUACCUUCACGAAGACUGCCAUCCAAAAAUCAUCCACCGUGAUAUAAAGGCAUCAAACAUUCUUCUUGAUUUUAAAUUUGAAGCUAAGGUUGCAGAUUUUGGACUUGCAAAAUUCACUACUGAUAACAACACUCAUGUUUCGACUAGAGUAAUGGGCACUUUCGGGUAUUUAGCACCUGAGUAUGCAUCUUCUGGCAAGCUCUCUGAAAAGUCAGAUGUAUUUUCUUUUGGAGUCAUGCUUCUUGAGCUAAUAACUGGGCGGAGACCUGUUGACACAACCCAAACAUUUAUGGAUGACAGCUUGGUUGACUGGGCAAGGCCCUUACUGAUGCGAGCACUUGAGGAUGGUGAAUAUGAUGCUUUGGUGGAUCCUCGGCUGGGAAAGGACUUCAAUCCUAAUGAGAUGGCAAGAAUGAUAGCCUGUGCAGCUGCAUGUGUACGCCAUUCUGCACGUCGUCGCCCACGCAUGAGUCAGGUUGUUCGGGCUUUGGAAGGCGAUGUGUCUUUGGAGGAUCUUAAUGAAGGUGUUCGGCCUGGUCAUAGCCGCUUCUUCGGAUCGUACAGCAGCUCCGACUAUGAUUCUGGCCAGUACAACGAGGACAUGAAGAAGUUCAGGAAGAUGGCAUUUAACAACAACUAUACCAGUAGCCAAUACAGUGCUCCUACCAGUGAGUACGGCCAGAUACAAUCCGCAUCAAGCAGCGAGGGCCACCAAACUCGGGAGAUGGAGUCGGGCGUGAUGAAGAAAAGUGCCUACAGCGGUUACAGUUCAGGAUACAGCGGAGCCUCGUGAGGGAAUUCCUUUUUUCUUUUCUUCUUUUGACAUUUUCAUUAUUGCAUUUGUAAAGUCUGGCCGAAUUGUAUGACCGAAGUUGCUGACUUGCGUCUGGCGAACCCGAGUUUGACCGAGUAUAGCUUUUGGUAGCUGGAAUUGUUGAUUCUUUCAUAAGUAUGGUGUGGCCCACCAAGGUUCUUGUGCAAUUCAAAGUGAGCUAACUGACUGUUGAUAUGUUGUCCAUGGCUUCAUUCUUCUUCAA